AUGCAAUCAGCGAUUGGUCACAUACUGAACUACAUUCGAGAUUAUCAUCUUGAUAUUCGUACCGGUUCACUGGAGAGUUUAUUCAUUUGUGCUGUCAUCCUAAUCGAUUCAUCUGAAUCCUACGACGCUGAUCUAGAAGGUCUUGUCAAGAAAACUCCUCCUGGAAAUUCUGGAGUUCUUCGGAAUUGUAGCAGUGAUCAAGUGAAGUCUAUAGAUAAGUGUUAUUUAGAAAUGUUCAAUCACAAUUUGUUGAAUGUAACGAGUCUGCCAAAAGCAAACGAAGAUCCAUUCCGGAUGUUUCGAUUAGAUGCUACUGGGAUGUGCAGAUACUAUAGCACAUUCAGCCGCUGUGUUAGGGACAUGGAUUGUUUGAAUUAUAACACUGUUGAAGCUAUUUUUCACAAUGAACUUGACUCUAGCUAUUAUUUAUCACAGACUGCGUUUCUUCAAUUUUACUGUGAGCACGGAUCCGAUUUUGUCUUCUACUACGAUUGUCUAGAAAUCAUCGACCUAGACGAGCUCUCGGAUACGGUAUUCAAUGAGUGCUCAGUUCUAGAAGUCGGAACUUGCAACUCUGUCAAAAUUACUACCCAGUGCGAACGAUCAGUUUUCCUCAACUACUGUGGUCAUACGUCGGCAAUGUCGUAUUGUCAAUAUAUCAAAGUUAUGGAGCGAAUGACUGGAUGGGGACAUUGCGAAUAUAUGCCGUGUAUUAAUUCAGGAUAUUCUAGAAAGCUGUUCUUUUUGUUAAUUUAUUUUGCUUUGGAGCUAUUGCUGUUGUGA